AUGGAUCGAAAUAGAUAUGGGAAAAGGCGCAAUCAAUCGGAAGAGGAGGAGAAAGACGAUGAUAAUAAUAAUAAUAAUAAUCAUAUGUACUCAUCAGCUCGAUCUCAACAUGACAUGUCUACUAUGGUUGCUGUCCUCUCACAAGUUAUUAGCAAUUCUUCUUCUUCUUCAGCUUCCUCCGCGCAUCAUAAUAAGCCAUCAUUAACCCUAACUCAUCAAUCGUCUAGUACUACUGCAGCUAUGCAAAACCAACUACCUCAGAUCAAUCAACAACAAGGGAAUGAAAGGAGAAGGCGAAUGUACAGAGGUGUUCGGCAAAGACCUUGGGGAAAAUGGGCGGCCGAAAUCCGUGACCCGGAAAAAGCUGUUAGAGUAUGGUUGGGUACUUUCCACACUGCAGAGGAUGCUGCAAUUGCAUAUGAUGAAGCUGCACUUAAAUUUAAAGGAAACAAAGCUAAACUCAAUUUCCCAGAAAGGGUUCAAUCCAAAACUGAUCAAUUUGGGACAUCAUACCUAAUUACUACUAAUCAUCAUCAACACGCCCAAUUUCCACCCAAUAAUUUUCUCCCAAAUUCUUCCCGUAAUUACAAUAAUAAUGCUCAUGAUUUGAACUUUGGCGUCUCGCCCAGUUUUUAUCAUCCUACAGGGUUCAACCCUAAAACACUGAAUUCUGCCGAAUCGUCGAAAUCAUCAUCGAUGACAUCUUUGGUACAACAAGCAUCUCAUGACGUACAACAAGAACCAAGUUAUAUUAAUCACCAGCAAGAAGAUGAAAACAAUCUGAGGUUUUCAUCUUAUUUUGGUACUUGUUCAAGCUCAGGGCCUAUUUUGGAGGAGUUUGAAGAUCCACAGUAA